GGGGCGGCGGGGCUCCCGGGGACCGCGGCAGUGCGGCCGGCGGCGGGGUUCCCCGGGUGGCAGAGCUGGCCCGGCGCCCCCGAAGCCCCGUGGCCCCCAAGGAAGGGGCCGAAGCAGGGGGAGGAGCGCGGCCGCGGCCCGCUCCCGGCCCGCGGCGGCCUGGCGCUGGCACACGGCCGGCAGCGGAGGCUUCGCGGCGGUGGCACGGCCAACGCCUCCGCCGCACGUGAUGGGCGCGGACUUCGCCUCACCGGGCGCCGCCCCCCGGGCACGGUCCCGCCGCAGGAUCCAGCCGGUGCCAAGGUCGCGGCGGCCGCCGGCAGCGAGGGCGAGCCACCGCCGCGGGGCCCCGCUGCCGCCAUGGGGAGGGAAGACGCGGCCAGGCAGGAGCUGGGCAGCCUCCAUGGCAUCCCCCUCUAUAAGUGCUUCGUCGAGGGCUGGCCGCAGGUGGAGGCUUUCCAAGCCCGGCCGGAUGACCUGCUCAUCGCCACCUACCCCAAAUCGGGCACGACGUGGCUGAGCGAGAUCCUGGACAUGAUCUACCACGACGGCGAUGUGGAGAAGUGCCGACGGGAUGCCAUCUUCAACCGGGUGCCCUUCCUGGAAAUGAAGGCCCCUGGGUUGCAGAGCGGCGUCGAGCUGCUGGAGAAAACCCCAUCCCCGCGUCUGGUGAAGACCCACCUCCCGGUCCAGCUCCUCCCCACCUCCUUCCAGGACAACGACUGCAAGGUCAUCUACAUGGCCCGCAACCCCAAGGAUGUCGUCGUCUCCUACUACUACUUCUACCACAUGGCCAAGAUGCACCCCCACCCCGGCACACUGAGCGAGUUCCUGGAGACCUUCAUGGCUGGCAAAGUGGCCUAUGGAUCCUGGUACGAGCAUGUGCGGGGCUGGUGGAAGAAGAAGCAGGAGAAACAGCUCCUCUACCUCUUCUAUGAGGACAUGAAGAAGGACCCGCGGCAGGAGGUGCAGAAGAUCCUGCGGUUCCUCGGCAAGGAGGUGGCGGAGGGGAUGGUUGCGAGGAUCCUCCACCACACCUCCUUCCAGGAGAUGAGGAAGAACCCUGCCGCCAACUAUGAGACCAUGCCCACCACCCUGAUGGACCACAGCCUCUCCCCCUUCCUCCGGAAAGGAAUCUCUGGGGACUGGAAGAACCACUUCACUGUGGCCCAGAAUGAGCGCUUUGACCAGCACUACAGGGAGCAGAUGGCAGGCUCCGACCUCCACUUCCAGAUGGAGGUGUGAGGGGCUCAUCGCCCUUCCUGGGGGCCACUGCUCCCCCGGCGGGGAGGGUGGGUCUGGAUGGAGCUUCCUCGCACCGAUUUGCUUUUUCCCCUGCAAUAAAGUGGGAUA